AUGGAUAUGUCCAGAGCACCUGAAAAUGAGUCACUGUUCUCUGAUCCAUCCGUGAGCUCCACAGCCUGGGAUCCUUUCCAGCAUCCUUUGGACUCCAUCCAGCCAUGGAACUUCAAGUUUCUGGCUGCAUUUAUGUUCCUGGUGACAUGUCUGUCCCUUUCUGAGAACUUUGCUGUAAUACUGGUGACUUUGAAGUUCAAACAGUUGAGGCAACCUGUCAAUUAUGUCAUAGUAAACCUAGCUGUGGCUGAUUUCCUAGUUUCAUUGACUGGUGGCACUAUCAGCUUUUUUACCAAUUUAAAAGGCUAUUUUUAUAUGGGACGCUGGGCUUGUGUGAUGGAAGGAUUUGCUGUUACAUUCUUUGGGAUUGUUGCUCUCUGGUCCCUUGCUCUGCUGGCGUUUGAGCGGUACAUUGUUAUCUGUCGCCCAUUGGGAAAUAUACGCCUGAGGGGGAAGCAUGCAACCCUGGGCAUUGCCUUUGUGUGGAUCUUCUCUUUUAUCUGGACCAUUCCACCGACCAUGGGUUGGAGCAGUUAUACUACCAGCAAGAUUGGCACUACCUGUGAACCCAACUGGUAUUCAGGAACCUAUAAUGAUAAUACCUACAUUAUAACAUUCUUCACCACCUGCUUCAUAAUUCCUCUGCUAGUGAUUCUGGGAUCCUAUGGAAAACUGGUGCGGAAGCUAAGGAAGGUGUCAGAUACUCAAGGCAGAUUGGGGACUACCAGGAAACCUGAGCGACAAGUCACUAGAAUGAUUGUUAUAAUGAUACUUGCAUAUCUAGUUUGCUGGUCUCCAUAUGCAGCCUUUUCCAUUCUUGUUACUGCACGCCCUUCCAUGGAGUUGGAUCCUUGUCUGGCAGCUAUGCCAGCUUUCUUUGCCAAGACAGCUACUGUUUACAAUCCAAUUAUUUAUGUCUUUAUGAACAAACAGUUCAGGCGGUGUUUGAUUCAGAUGUUCAAAUGCAGUGACAUCGAGAUCACAGAGUCCAACCUGAACCCAACUUCAGAGAGAGGAGUCCUGACCCAGGACAAACGAGGUGGUGAGAUGUCCACAAUAGCAGCUCAGAUCACCAUUUCAAACAGAAGAAGUGGGGACAAGCAGGACAACUGCCGUCCUUUCGCUCAGUUGACAGUUUCAGAAAACAAAGUUUGUCCAAUGUAA